AAAGGAUUUGUAAAAGUCUGAGCUUUAUGAAACAUUAUCUUUGGGCAUUGGUGGGAGAGUGUAUAACUGGGUAUUAGAUUUUCUGUUUGAUUGAAUGACUCAAGUUGGAACAUCCUCCUCUACUGUAUAGACAACAAGCGGGAGUGCAGGGUCUGAACCCCACAGAUUUCUUGUUACGGUAAAAUGACAAAAAAUACAUCACUUAAGUAUAAAUUUAUUAGAUAGUGUAUGUUCCAGUGAUAUACUCUCGAUAAUGUAGCCAUUCUGACUACAGGACGGAAAUAUGAUUUCUGUAGUCAGACAACUAACUGUAAAUCAACUAUUAAGCUGUUAACGUAUGGGUUUAAUCAAGAAUGUCUGCAAUUGUGUGAUUUCUAAUGAUCCCACGCCAUCAUGUGGUCAUUAUCGGACCUGCAGUCACAACCCUUCAAGUUUCAACCAGUGGUGUGGUAUGUUUCACUUAUCCGGAAGAGCCUGUUCAUGGACAUCGUUAAGUCUGAAGUGGCGCAGCCGUGAGAAUCUGAAGAGAAAGAGAAAAGGGGGAAAUGUAUCUUUGGCGUUGUGCGUUUGCUGUCGUUUUAGGCAUGGUUUGGUAUUUUUCCGAGUUCGGAUAUUUUUUGGUCCAGGUGGGUUGCUGUGCGCUGGGUUUCCUUACAUUCUAUCUAAAUGGAGGUAACAACAACGUUUGUGAAAGUAGCACCCAAACAGACUGUGCCGCUGAUGAAGAUACAUCUCAGAAAAGUGAGAUUGGCUGUAUAGUGGGCAGAGAUUAUCCAGAUACAGCAGUCCAAACUGUACAAAAAGCAUCUCACCAGUCACAGUACCCAAAGAUCCAGAGGUCACUUCAGCAUGUGUUUAAGUGUGCCUACACACACCUGGUCCUGCCAUGGAGCACUGCUCCAGAACCUGGAGAUAGUCAGCCCCUAUAUACAGCAUUACUCACUGAAUACAACUUUGUCAUGGAUGAGAUCAUUUACAAGGCCAAGGACUUGGAUCUCUCAGUUACUGCUCUUGGCUGCAUUCAGACCAUCACCAAGCACCUUCACAACACAAAGCAGUCAGAAGGGAGCCCAGCAUUCAGUUCUAAGGCUGAAGAGAUUGAAGUUGUUAGAGGCUUCUGUAAGGCCCUCAUACACAACCUUUUCCCUAAACACCUCUGGGAACCAAAUGUCUACUACUGUGCCCUACAAGAAAUUCUGGCUAUGAAAGUAGUGGAAUUUGUGACAUUGCUCUCUGACCCAGACAACUUGAACCACCUAAUCGUUUCUCAGCUGGACCAAGUGCCCUCAGGAAACCUGGUAGAGGUAGUGCAUGACCCAGAUAGAGACACUCCUUCUUCAAACUCAAGUGAGAACAAUGAUGUGCUGCAAGCUGGGGCAGAGGAACAUCCAUGUGACGAAGGCAAAGCUAAAAAGAAAGGCAAGAAUCUGAAAGAGAAGUGUUCUAAGUUUUUUGAAAAUAUUAAACUGAAGAAAGCAAAAUUAAAGAGAAAGGAGAAAAAAGUAACAGGGGGAGCUGUGUCAGUCCGCAGGCCUGCAGUAGUACAGGUUGAUGAUACACAUAGCAGUGAGGGCUCCAUCUGUGACAAUGUCGACACUGAUGUGGAAAGUCUUACAAGUUCCCUCCAGGAGGAGAUGAUGGAAUUUAAGCUCUCCUACGAGAUGUGGAGGGUUGGAGAAUGGGCAGUUACUGUCACUAAUGUCCAGAUGGAAGGAAAUGAGUUGUGUUUCACAGUUCACUUGGAGGACCGCAACAAUCCUGAAAACCUCCAUUGGGAUGUGACAAGGAAGCUGUCAGACAUAAUCCAAUUUUGCAAGGAAAUAGGACCCCCACCCUUCUUAUUGACAAUAGUGGAGAAGCCAAAAACGGAGUGGAGUAAGGAGGAAGCAAGAGAAGAUUUGGAACACUCCUUACAAGACCUGGUGACGAAUAUAGAGCUCGGCAAGUCUGAGCUUGUGUUCAAGUUCCUUGGUCCAAUUGACUGGAUACUGCAUGAAGAAGAGCAUAAUGAAUGGGUGUGGGUUCUUUUGGGGAGGAUUGCAUCCUUCCUUACUCCUGGCCAAGAUGAUCAAGAUGAUCAAGAUAAUGAUGAGCUGAGUAACCCCAAAGGGGAUGAGGAGCAACAUGAAGUUAAUACAACAGAAUCCACACCUCAACAUGGACCGGAUGCUACCCAGCAAAUGUGUACAGACCCUUUAGAGAGACAGGACAAAGAAACUGCAAAUGAGUCGUUUGUAGCAGAUGGAGAACACUUACCCAUACCUGAGCAGACUUCCACCUGUACGAGUAAAAAACAACUCGCAGACCACACUGCUGAUCAGCCUGAAGUGAAUCCUGAUGGAAUUCAAAGUGAUGGUUUAAAUAUAGCACAGUUUGCAGUCAGGACAAAAUACAUUCAAUUCGAACAUGUAAAACGAAAUGCUGCAGUCUACAGAUCAUCUGAAAAUGAUGAGAAUAGUUCAAUCCAUGGCACUGAUGAGGUUUCAGUCUCCAAUUCUACUGGAAAUAUAAGCAAGGUAGAAAAUCUCCCUCAGAGAAAGUCAUCAGAAACAGAUAAACCUGAAAGGAAGGAGAAAGAAUCUCAACCUGAAAGGAAGGAGAAAGAAUCUCAUCCUGAAAAAGAGACAUUGAGUCAGCCAUCAGGAGAGACAAAAAUGUCCAACCAUUGGGAACAACCUGAGGCCAAUAAAGUGAUAUUUGAUUUACUGAAGGAAAUUUCUGGAAAUUCAUACACCGUUAAAUUCAUGAAGGCUAUCAUAACACCAUUCACACCACUGAUAAACAAGAAAGUGAAUGGUUUUUUGAAAAACAUGAAUCCUUCAGAAGCUCAGAUUGCUACCUACAUUGAUACAUUUUGUAAGAACAUAUGGCCUGACAGUGCUGAACCGCAGCCUCUACCUCAAAGCAACGACAACAAGAAGGAGACCAAGCAGAAAGCAAUGCAGAUCAUGACUUCCAAGUGUACGUAUUGGCAUAUUUUAUGCUGUAUUCUAGACAUUUUCUGCUUUAAAUUUAUUGCUAUGUCAUGGUUCAAUAGUUGCAGGCUUCUUAAGCAUCAACAAAACCAAUGUGGAGCGCAUUUUCAAGAUCUUUCAGAAUGCAGAAGAAAACAAGAAGCUGGUUUAUAUGUUGCUGAUGUAUCUCUUGAGAGUGUUUCUGCCUGGAGAACCUGGUUUUAAUGUGAUGUCCAAGUUACAUGUGAAGUCUACUAUUUAAUAUUGAUGGACAGUUUUAAAUCUUGAUUAGAUACCAUGCCCUACUUUAUAUUGAUUAUUUAUUUGUGAGAUGGUUUUUAUCCAAAACCACCUCUAAGUGAAACAGAAUAUUCCUCCUAUUAAGGACUUUGUUCAACGGCCAGUAGUGUCUCUCUGGCAGUUCUGGGACGUUUUGGUUACUUGUUGAAAAAAGCACUAUUUGUUUCUUAAAAUACACUGCACAUUGUUCAUUCAUCUUCAGUAACUGCUUUUUCCUGGUCAGGGUCACAGUGGAUCCAGAGCCAAUGCCAGGAACAUAGGGUGCUAAGCAGAAAUUCACACUUGAUGGGACACCAGUCCAUUGCAGGUCACCAUGCACACACAUUUUCACACACUCAUUAACACCUAGGUGGAAUUUAGAUUAGUCAAUCCACCUAAAUACAGAACAUGGAAGAAAUCCAUGCAGACACAGGGAGAAUGUGACAGUUUGCACAGACAGUAACCUGAGCUUGGGGACCCAGUAUCUGUGAGGCAUCAAUGCUACCCACUGCAUUACCAUGCAAUCCUUAUUGCACAUUAUUCUCAACAUACAAAAAAAAAACAUUAUGUUGUAUAUACAGUCAGACACACAAAUAUUUGGACAUUGACAAAGUAAUUGUUAAUAGUAAUAAUAGUAAUUAUUUUAGUUGUCUAUCACAGGAUACAGGAGUAUAAAUAUAUAUAGGAGUUUAAAGUCUUUUAAUUUGAGGGUAUUUACAUUCCCUGGUGUGGUGCUCUGCCAGGCUUUUACUGCAGUCUUCAGUUCCUGCUUUUUCUUGGGGAGUUUUGGCUUCAGCAAGUGAGAUGCAUGGUCAAUUGGACUCGAUUGAUGACCAUUGCAGAACAUUCCACUUUGUUGCCUUAAAACGUCUUGGAGUGGCUUUCGAAGUAUGCUUCGGCUCUUUGUCCAUCUGCAUUUAAAGAACCGUCCAAUGAGUUUUGAAGCCUUUGGCUGAAUCUGAGCAGAUAAUGUAGUACCGUACACGUCACAAUUCAUUUUACUGUUUUUGUCCGCAGUGUCACAUUAUCAAUAAAUACAAGGGAAUCAGUUCCAUUGACAGGCAUAAAUGCCCACGGCAUAAGUGUUGUUAUGCUUUGGAUCAUGAGCAGUUCCUUCCCUUCCCAUAUUCCUCUCUUCUCAUCAUUCUGAUGGUUACUCUUU